AUCAUGAUUCAGUUGAAGCUAGAUCACCAUAGAAAACCUAGAAGCACUGGACGGCCGUUUCGUACAAUCGCGGGGCUCCUCAGCAGUGCGCACACACGACCCCGGCCCCCGUGAGAUUCGAACCCAGGACCUACUGGUUUCGUGCUCGAGCACUUAACUGGUAUCCAACUGUGUUAAUAUCUAACUUCAACUAAUCCACGAAAUUGAGCGACACAUCCGCCAUUGUCACAACAUAUUUGGUUGAACUCCACCAUUGAAAAUACUAUAAUAUCCACAAAACACAUCUGAUAUUAUAUUUAUGUCUUUGAACAUGUUUUAAAAAAAUGGUAUCAUAUUAUUCCUAUUACUAGAUACACUGACGCAAAAUGCUUCCUGAUGUCUACGAUAGUUCAUGGAAGUACAAAUCAAGAAGUAUAACUACAAAUAUAUAUAACAUCAGUAAUAGUUCUAUUAUACCAUAUUAUACGAAAGAGGUUUUCAUACUUCUCUCAAUUGAGAUAGCUAUUACUCUGUUGAUUAUCAUGAUCUUAUCAAUCCUAUUCAUAGCUGGAUAUCUAUGGAAUUCAUGGACAGUUUUUCUUUGGGUAUUGGCUUGGUCUGCUUUUGCAUUAGCAAUGUUGAUUAUAUUCUAUCAAAAAAUAAGAGAUGAACAUCCAUUGAAUAUUUUUCUUCUGGUUAUUUACUCGAUAUGGAUCGGUACAGCGAUUGGAAUUUCGGUUUUAAAAUUAUGCAUGUACUUGAAAGUUACUGCCAUCGCAAUCACAUUGAUAUCUUUUAUUUGUUCCAUAUUAAUUGGAGCUGCAAUCCGAACACGAUUAGCUGAUCAGUUCCUGUCAAUUCUAAUAUAUAUAAUGAUUCUUUCCACUGCUUUUGUGGCAGCUGCGAUUGUAUUUUAUGUUUUAAAGCUUUGGGUUGCACUGGUCGCUCUCGAUAUAGGUGCUGACAUAUUAUUAUUUCUUAUAACAAUCUGUUUCAGUCAAUUUACUGUUGGAAAAUCAGAAGUGCGGGUCUUCUUUCCAUAUUGGACGUUAGCAGUAUUAGUACUGUAUACUCUAUUUUACAUCGAUUUAUCAAAUAAUUUAUAUUUGGUAGGCAUUGUCGAUUUCAUCAUUACCAUCAAUGAGACAAAUAGCACGCCGUGUUGGUAGUUUUACUGUUUAUAAGGAGGAAAAUGUGACCCUUUUGAAACUAAAUUUGUGUUCAAGUACAAAUGGAUUUGCAAUAAGAUUUCUCAUUCAGACAUUUCCAAUCUGUUCGAUUUUAUUCCAUCUGUAAUAAAUUAUACAUUGAACAGCAUCAUUUCUGUGAAUUUUAUGUUUUUACACCAGCUACUGGUAAAUUAAUCAGUAGUAUAUUGUAAUCACGUAAAAUAUUAAACAAUCUUACUACCUGGA